AUGACUGAGGAUGAUAAUAGAAGUCUACUAGUCCCAACAGAAGACACAGAUCGUCCCGUCCCAAAUGUAGCCAUUGUCGCGACAGCAUCCUGUUACCCCGCGAAUAGAAUUGACCCAGAGGACAUUUAUGGGAUCAUUUCCACAUCAUAUGAUUCAAGCCCAGUGUAUGAACUUUCCCAAGGCUAUCUAGUCAGGACAAUUCUUGAAAAGAUUUUAGAAAUAAACAAAAAAUCCAAAAUACAACAUCGCCACUCGUCCCUACCAGAUGAUCAUCCGUACUGGAAGGAAUCAAAAAUACCUACUAUUUCAGAAUGCGACCUUCUCUUCAAGAAAUAUGGUAUUCCAAUGGCAGAGGAAGCUGCCAACAAAGCUCUACAAGAUUGGGGUGGCUCCCUCAAUGACAUCACCCACAUGGUUGUAGUCACAUGUACCAACACAGCAAAUCCAGGGCUGGACUAUCUACUCUCUCAAAGACUUGGUCUUCACAGAAAUGUGCAGCGAAGUCUAAUUCAUGGCAUCGGCUGCGCAGGUGGCGUGGCUGCUUUGCGAACUGCGAACGAGCUUCUUCUGGGAAGGGCUGCACUCAAGAAGCCAGGGAGAGCACUCGUGGUUGCAUGUGAGAUGACAACCAUUUUCCUACGUACGGAGUUAGCAUAUAUCGUGAGCGAUGAUGAAGUUCACAUUGGACCGACGCUGUUUGGAGAUGGAGCUGGUGCAUUAAUCUUGAGCAAUGAAAUCGAAAUUCAACCCACCGAAAGCAGGUCUCUUUGGAAAAUUCUCAAUGUCCAGUCCACAACGCUAGAGGACUCGGCGGGAUGCCUUGAGUUUAAUGUACACGCACACGGCUAUCACGCUGUAAUUUCAAAGGACGUUCCUAAGCAUAUUUCUUCUUCGCUUUUUCCCGCUUUUCAAGAUUUGAUUGCUUCAACUCCGUCACUAAAUCUUCUCGAAACUAAUUUUGAUCCGUGCAACUAUGAUUGGGCUUUGCAUCCUGGUGGGUAUGGAAUUCUUCUUCUGGCGCAGGAGAUCCUGGGGAUAUCGGAGCACCAUCUGCGGAAGAGUUACAAUGUUUAUCGAAUGCGAGGAAACACUAGCUCGGCUACUAUUCUCAGUGUCAUCAAAGAGCUCGCAGACGAGGAGAAGGCCACUGGGACUGGACGGGAUAAAGUCGUAGUUGCAGCAUUUGGUCCAGGGAUCACGAUAGAAAUGGCUGUCAUGGCCCGGGUAUAA